AAUUUGAUUUACGGUUUUCGUUUGAUUUUGUUGAAAUUUCCUUCCUCAUCGCACGUUAUUUAGUAGUAACGUUAUAAAGUUGUUUGAUCAAACAUCAGAUGGUGAUGAUAAAUGAUGGCCGGAUCUUAUCAUCGUCGUUUGCCAUUGUUUGUUGCACUUGUUGUUGUUGUCGUUCGAAUUGUUGAUUCGAAUGAUGAUUCUUGGAAUCGUUUUUCAAAGAUUUCCAAUCAUGAUUUUCAACGAAUAUUUUUACCAAAUUAUCUUGAUGAUUUAAUGAUUUUUAAAAACAAUAACAGCGAUUUAAUUGAUCAAAAAUGUCGACAAGAUUUACAAUCAAUACUAAAUGAAAUGAUUUAUAAACAUAAAUUAUGGGCAACAAAAAUAUUCAAUUCAUGGUCACCAACAUUAGUAUCAAGUGGAUUUUUAUCCGGUACUAUAACCGAUUAUGGUGAUUAUGAUCAAUGUUUACAUAUUAAUGACAUUAAUUAUCGACAUCCGAUUCAAACGGAAUAUUGUUUGCUGGAAUUCGAAUGGCCAAUAUCAUCAAAACGUCCAUUUAAUCAUAAUGUUUAUCAUCAAACCAUUAUUAUGUCAUCGAACGAUAAUGAUGAUGAUGAAACUAUUUACACCCAAUUGGCUCGAGAAUCAUCAAUUUUUUAUUAUUCAUCAAUCGUUCGAGGAAUUUGCCUACCAAAUUCUUGUACAAAAAAUAUAAAUUUUUUAUUACAAAAAGAAAUAUUUGGUUUUAAAUUACAAAGAAUUUCUUGUUAUCAUAAACCCGAAUGGCCAUUGAAACCGAAUAUCAUACAAUCGAUUGCAAUAUUUACAAUUGGUCUGAUCAUUUCGAUUACAUUUGUGGCUGGUUUAUAUGAUUAUUUGGUUAAAGAUAAAAAUGGACAUUCGAUCGAACGAAUAUUGCUUUGUUUUUCUCCAAUGGCAAAUUUUCGUUCAUUGAUUCGAAUGAAAUCAAUCAAUCAAACAACAACAAUCAUCAACGCUGAUGGUAAUGAUCUAUCAUUUAUCGAUGGAUUACGUUUCUGGUCAAAUGUUUGGAUUAUCAUUGCGCAUACAUUUGUCUAUGAAGAUUGGAAUUCUUACAAAAAUAUAUUCGAAGCAAAUGAAAAACUUAAAUCACCAAUCAUACAAUCGCUGAUGCAAUUUAUUAAUCCGGUUGAUGUAUUCAUAUUUAUUGGUGGUUUUAUGGCCAGUUAUACAACAUUAAAAAAUCAUAUCCGAAAUAAUGAUGAUGGCAACGGUCAAAAAAAAUUCAAUCCAAUCAUCUAUAUAGGUUUUCGUUAUCUACGAUUUACACCACAAUUAAUUAUCUAUAUUUUAUUAUCAUUUCUUUUGCCAUUAAUGGGUUUUUGGCUGAAUGGACCACUAUGGUCAAAACGUAUCGAACAAAUUGAAAUGAAAUGUUCGAAAACAUGGUUGUAUAGUUUGAUUUAUGCGCAGAAUCUAAUCGAACCGGAAAAUAUGUGCGGUGGACAUACAUGGUAUUUGGCUGUCGAUAUGCAAUUACGUUUACUUUCAAUCAUUCCAUUAUGGUUUUUUGUAACUGGAAAAAAUUCUUCCAAACAAGGAUUAACAAUAACAAAAAUUCUGGUAUUAAUUUCAAUCGUAAUAACUUCGUUGCAUAUUUUUAUCAAAAAAUUACCACCAGGUUUAAUUUUAACAUCAUUAAGGUAA